AAUUGGCAGUGGGAACACCGAUGAGGCUGCUGUUAAGAGAAAAUCGUAAAAGAAAAUUAACAAUUUUCUUCAUUUGGAAGCUUUUUCCUUCUCAUUUCACCUUUGCAUACCCAGGUGGCACAGAUACUAUUCUACUCUCUUUUCCAAAACUCUCUCUCUCACACGCAUUUUUUUCACUUUACAACCUUUCUUUUCUUUUAUAUGUUUCUGUAUUGUAGUCUUUAAUGGCUGCCCCCACACCUAAUUUUCCUUCAUUUUAAUAAGGUCAAGGAUGUUUUGUUUGUUUUUUUCAUCUCUGAGGUAUCUCUUUUUGGUCGGUAGGGAAUUAGAUACUCUCCCAACAAAAAAUAAAGCUUCAGUUUUUACCCUUUUGUGUGUUAAAUGUCUGUAAAUACCUGUCCAGGUUGAUUUUUUUAGUGCUUUUAAUGUAAAGAAAGGUCCAUUUUUGACAAAAUAUUUUGUGGGUGUCUCUUGAAUUUGUUCAUUUCUUGGUGUUCAAUGAGUUCAGAGAGUUUUUCAUUUGGGUUUGACAGAAUUUGAUGAAAAAUCAUUGCUGUGAAAAAAUUGAAGUUUUCAUCAAAAUAAUUAUUAUGAACUGAAUUCUAAGCUUGACUGUGUGAAGAGUUGUGUGAUGUGAUCUUAUUGUCAUUGAAGGGAAGAUUGGAUGACUUUGAGGAUUUUCAUCAAGUCAUCUGAGGAAGCUUUGGGACUUUUUUAAGUGUAAAUUCUGGUAAUUAUUUUCUUUGAAGGGAAAGGUCAUAUUGGAAUUGCUAAAAGCAAUUUUUUGAAAAAAGUUAGAAGGCAAAACUUGAUUCUUUACCAGACAGAGAAGGCAAAAGUUCCUUGAUCUUUACUCUCUUAGAUAGCUUGUGUAAUCUGUGUGUGGCUACAUGGUGGAUCAAGUUUCAGACUUGCAGUAACAGAAAGGAAAAUUAACGAAGUUGAAAGACUGAAGGCCCUAAAAUCACUUGUUAUGGCGAAGAGAUCACAGAGAUGCCUGUCACAGCAUGAAAGGGAGCAAGCAGGUUGUAUAUGGAGUCUUAUCAGCAUAUUGGAUUUUCGCCAUGGUCGAUCCAACCGAAAAUUGAUUGCCGAUAGAAGGCGAGCAAGCAGACAAGCUGUUGGUGCCGGGAAUUCAAGUACCAAAAUAAUUGUACCUGGUCCAACUGGAUCGGAUGGUGAAGAAAGUAAGGUGGUUGCCAAGACAAGUGUAAAGGAACUCAUGGAAGAAGAGAUGCUCAUAGAGCAAGGCUCAAAUAACAAGGCAAAUGAGUCUGAAAUAUGUUUGAAGCACGUUGAUUCAGAACAUGGACACCCUAUUAAAAAAAAUUAUAAGCGUGUAAGCAGAACUCACAAGUCAUUUAGUGAUAUGAAUGUCCCCAAAUCAGAUGCUGCAGAAUCUUUGAUGUCCGAUAAAGUUGUUGAGGAAAAAGUUUCAGAUACUUUUGAUCGAGAAAUAAUGGAAGAAUUAUCCCAGGUUUAUCAGAAAUCUUCCAGCUUCAUGAAGCGGGAUUCUCACUACAAUCUUGACAUGCCGUCUGGUCGGGAUCUCUCAAAAUUAGUUGCAGCAAUAAAGGUAUUUAAAGAUCGAAGGUUAAGUAGCAGUAAGCAUUUUGGGGAAGAGGUGAAAGCCAAUUGUUCGAAAGAGUUUAUGGAUGCUCUGCAAACUUUAAGUUCUAAUAAGGACUUGUUCUUAAAACUAUUACAAGAUCCUAACUCUGUACUAGUGAAACAGAUGCAAAACUUGGAUGAUGCUCAAUUAGACAAAGACCAGAAACCAGGUUCUUUGAUGGGAUCUGGUUUGUCUAAGGAGAAGCUAAUAAACUCGAAACCUGAUGAUCUUUCAGAUCGUAAACACCGUAAAUUCUUCCACAGAAAGAGCAAAUCUCUUGAAAGCUAUCCCACUGGAGGAAAUAAAAGUUGUCAAUCUUCUAGUUCAAUUGUUAUCUUGAAGCCAGGACCAACAGGGUCACAGAGCCCACGUGCUGACAUCAGUAUUAGCAGCACUUCUUUGCAGUCGCCUUAUGCCAUGGAUAAUGAGGUACAGAAUAAGAGGAAUACGUCCCAGUUCUCUUUUAGUGAAAUUAAAAGAAAGCUGAGGCAUGCCAUGGGGAAGGAGAAACCAGGGAUUGCUCCUGAUGGAUUGGUCCUUAAAUUUCCUUUUAAGUCUCAAAAUGGGAAUGAUAGUGACAAAGGUGCUAGUGGAGAAAAUGUUGGGUGGAGUUCUCCAAAUAGGAACCAUUUUUAUACUGAAAGAUUUGCCAAAUCCCCAACUGGCAUUAAGAGCAGUGAACAAGUGGGAAAAUCAAAAGAUAAUGCUUCAGAAAGGGUUAACAGGACUCUUAGUUAUCCGAGGAAAGGGGUGUCUAAUAUCUAUAUUGAGGCUAAGAAACAUCUCUCCGAGAUGCUAAACAAUGGGGGUGAAAAUGUAGAGUCUGGGAGCCAUUGCAGACCGAAGUCCCUGGGCAGGAUUCUUUCUUUUGCCGAGCACAACGAUUCUCCAUGCUUCAGUCCUAGAAAAUAUGGUGAUGAUAUAUUCAUAACUGCCCAGAUAAGGUUAUCUCCACAAGGCAUGGCUAACAACAUGAAUCAGCUUGUGCAAGAAAGCCAUGACAAUCAUCAAAGUUCACCUGCACCAAACUUAGAGAAUCAACUUCACAUAGCAGUUGACAGCACCAAUGAGAAAGUACAAUCUCGUAAUACUGAAAUCAAUAUUCCAAGCAAACAUGAUCUUGAUUGUUCUGAAGAAACUGAAUCUUUUAUCCAUGAUGUAAUAAUUCCUGAAGCUCCGAAUUCAUCUUCAAGGGUUGUGGAGACUGAAGAAACAACUGGAUUGAGUCCCAAGGAAGGGGAAAAACUCGUAACUAUUUCUGGAGAUUUGGCUAGGGAUCUAAUAAACAGAGAUGUGCAGGAUGGUGGUAUUGAAGAAAAGGUCCUUGAAGAAAGUCCUUCCCCGUGCUUGAAAACAGCUCCAUCUGAAGAUGAUGGGAUAUCGUCUUCUCCAUCAGUGUCGCCAUCAUACUCUCCAAUCAGCAGGAAAUUAGAUCCUGAUUGUGAAAUUGUUAAAAUGGAACGACCGAGUCCCAUAUCCGUUCUUGAGCCAUUAUUCACAGAAGACGACGUUAGUCCUGCAAGCACCAUAUCUCAGUCAGUCAAUAAAGAUAUCCAGCCACGACAAAUCCAUUUUGAAGAACAAUCUGCUUCUAGUGACCAGGGAAUUUGUACAAGAAUUUCUAUUGAGGGUGAGGAAUCUGCAUUUGAAUAUGUGGAAGCAGUCUUGUUAGGUUCAGGUUUGAACUGGGAAGAAUUUAUUUUGAGUUGGCUUUCUUUGAGCGAAAUUCUUGGGUCGUCGCUUUUUGAUGAAGUCGAGUUGUUUUCCAGUCGAUCUCGUCAUGAUCAAAAACUCCUCUUUGAUUGUACUAAUCAAGUUCUAAAAGACAUCUGUGAGACUUAUUUUGGAUGCUUCACCGGGAUAUCGUUUGUUAAACAGAAUACUCGCCCAAUCCCAACGGGUAUGAAUCUUAUUCAAGAGGUAUGGGAAAAGCUCGAAUCACAUCUCUUUCAGCAUCCACCGGCAGAGUCUCUGGAUCAGCUUAUCAAGAGGGAUACAGCAGAACAUGGAAAAUGGAUGUGUCUCCCAUCAGAUAUCGAGCAUAUUGGUACUGAAUUGGGAGAGACAAUUUUCUAUGAAUUGGUCGAGGACACCGUGUUGAGUUUUGCAAGUGAUACUUCAGAAUAUGAAUUUAGUGUGCUUCCAAUCGCAUCCGAGGAAAUUGAAGAUAUUGACUUGUAAACUCGACCAUCUAUAUCUCACAAAGUUCUUUAGUGCUCAUUUGUUUUUCACAUAUGACAUGUUUGGUAAGGCAUAUUAAAUAGUAUCGAAAGAAACUAGAAUCUUGUUUAUUGCCAUAUCCGGUACAGUCUAAUACUGCAUUUUUAACAUUAAGACUAUAUACUUUGACAUUCUCCAAUGAUAUCUCGUGGAUAUUAUUAGGAUUCCGGAAGUACAUGUCACUAUAGCGUGUGAUUUCGAUAGCAGAAGUUACAAAUAAAGGAUCAUUGACAAAACAUAGUUGUCUGCAAUGGACUCUUCAGAAAAAAGGCAGAUUAUCAGUUUCUGAGUCCCAUAUCUAACCAGAAAAAGGCAGAGACAAGUUCAUCGGUGUAGAAUUUUUGGGGUUUGGUAUGUUUGAUGUGUGUUUAUUGUUCAUAUUGUUUGUGAUUUUCUUUUGUUUUCAAUCCUUGUUUUCUUGUAGGUUUGGUUUGUAAUUACAAAUUCAAGAAAUUCCACUAGGGUGAGUUGUAAUAGAAACAUUAUUUAGAAGAAUGCAGAUUAAAAUCUUUUUAGGGGUGUUGUGUAUAAAGAUUGUCUGUCAUUUACCUCAGCUUA